AUGCUUUUAUUACGUUUGAAGGAAUCACGAGCUGGUUUAUUGUCAGGAGCCGCUCCAUUUGCUGGUACUGAAACUUUAGAACCAGAUAUAGAAGCUACUCAAACAAAUGCAAGGGGUAGCAGAACAGCUCAAAACACACAAACUCAAACUCAAAGCAUUUGGGAACAAUCCAGUCAUCCAGUAGCCUUAGUAUUCCAUUUAUUAUUUCGUACGGGGGCUAUAGCUAUAUACCUUUUUGGUAAAUUGUUUACCGAACGUAACACAUUCAUCUUCAUCAUUUGUGUUUUGUUAUUGUCAUUUGAUUUUUGGACUGUUAAAAAUGUGACUGGAAGGUUGCUGGUAGGAUUAAGAUGGUGGAAUGAUAUUCAACCUGAUGGAACAAAUGCCUGGGUAUUUGAAAGUAGAGACCCUUCAAGACCUGUAAACCCCAUGGAUUCACGUAUAUUUUGGAUUUCACUUUAUGCUACAUUAGUAAUUUGGCUAUUUUUAGCAUUUUUCACGAUAUUUGAACCAACAUGGCUUAUAAUUGUAGCUAUUGCUAUAACCUUAAAUAUGGCUAAUGUUGUCGGCUACACCCAGUGCGAUAAAGAUGCUAAAAAGAAAUGGGCUACGGGCUUUGCAGCUAGAGCAGCUACAAAUCCAAAUAUGUUUGGAAGGUUGUUUUCAGCCGGAAUUGGAAGAUUUUUUGGUUAA